CUCCCCGUCCCGCCCCGCCCGCCCGUGCCGCCAGCCGGCCUCCUUUCCGGAACUCUAAGCUGCCCCUCCCCGAGACCCCCUCGCCGGUGGGGGGACCCGGGUCGAGCCCGGGCGCUCUGUUAGCCAGAGGCAGGCGGAGGAGACCGGGUCGGCCGGGGCGAGCCGCCGAGGAGUAGCGGAGCCCGCCCUGCACACCCGGGAGAGAAGUGGGAGGGAGGCAGAGUUACGUGAGGCAGCGCGGAGUGAGUGAGCUUGGGUCCGACUCGAGGUCAGGCUCAGGACCGAGGCUGGUGGGCCAGGCCCCCGAGCCGGCGUUACACCGGCUCCGAGGAGCACUGAGCGGACACAGAGGGACGGACCGAGCGAGGACACAUGGCCUCGCCAUUCCUGCCCGCGGGGGCCACCACGGGCGACAGCGGCGGAGAGCUGAGCUCGGGGGACGACUCCGGUGAUGUGGAAUCCUUCCAGAGCCCCGAGACCGAGGCGUCCGGGAGCCUGACCGAGCUCUUUGAGAAGGCUGCAGCGCACCUCCAAGGCCUGGUUCAAGUGGCCAGCAGGGAGCAGCUCUUGUACCUGUAUGCCAGGUACAAGCAGGUCAAAGUUGGAAAUUGUAAUACUCCUAAACCAAGCUUCUUUGAUUUUGAAGGAAAGCAAAAAUGGGAAGCAUGGAAAGCACUUGGUGAUUCAAGCCCCAAUCAAGCAAUGCAGGAGUAUAUCGCAGUAGUUAAGAAAUUAGAUCCAGGUUGGAAUCCUCAGUCACCAGAGAAGAAAGGAAAGGAAGCAAAUACUGGUUUUGGUGGGCCUGUUGUUAGUUCUCUGUAUCAUGAAGAAAUCAUCAGGGAAGAAGACAAAAACAUAUUUGAUUACUGCAGGGAAAACAACAUUGACCAUGUAACCAAAGUCAUCAAAUCGAAAAAUGUGGAUGUGAAUAUGAAAGAUGAAGAGGGAAGAGCUCUACUCCAUUGGGCAUGUGAUCGAGGACAUAAAGAACUAGUUACAGUCCUGCUACAAUAUAGAGCUGAUAUUAACUGUCAGGAUAAUGAAGGUCAGACAGCUCUACAUUAUGCUGCUGCCUGUGAGUUUCUGGACAUCGUGGAGCUGCUGCUGCAGUCUGGCGCCGACCCCGCUCUCAGAGACCAGGACGGCUGCCUGCCGGAGGAGGUGACAGGUUGCAAAGCCGUGUCUUCCGUGUUGCAGCAGCACACGACGGGCAAGGCUUAAUCGAAAGACUGGAAAACCACACUCUGUAACAUCAGAGAGCGUCAACGAUGAAGGAAAACUGCAAAAAUAAUACUUCUUUUACCACCCGUCUUUGGUAUACAUUGGCUAAUAAAAGCGGUUCUGAGGAACUGGGA